GCCCCUGGAGCGCCCCCUCCUCCCUGCCGACACCCCGCCUGGCUCCACGACGAAUGGCUUUCAUGAUGAUGAAGAAGAAGAAGUUCAAGUUUAAGGUGGACUUCGAGCUGGAGGAGCUCUCCUCGGUCCCCUUCGUCAACGGGAUCCUCUUCUGCAAGAUGCGGCUGCUGGACGGGGGCAGCUUCAGCGCCGAGUCCUCCAGGGAGGUGGUACAAGCAAACUGUGUUCACUGGAGAAAGAAAUUCUCAUUUAUGUGCAAAAUGAGCGCAAGUGCUACUACGGGUGUUCUGGAUCCUUGCAUCUACAGGGUCUCUGUGAGGAAGGAAUUAAAAGGAGGAAAGGCUUAUGCAAAGUUGGGCUUUGCAGAUCUAAACCUAGCAGAGUUUGCUGGAUCAGGAAAUACCACUCGUCGCUGUUUACUAGAAGGUUAUGAUACCAAAAACACAAGACAGGAUAAUUCCAUUCUUAAAGUCUUAAUCAGUAUGCAGCUCAUGUCUGGUGAUCCAUGUUUUAAAACGCCUCCAUCCACAUCAAUGUAUAUACCAAUUGCCGGUGAAUCUGAAUCUCUACAUGAGGAUCGGAAGGGUGGAGAGACUCUCAAAAUCCACCUUGGGUUGUCAGAUCUGUCAGCAAAGAGUGCCUCAGUUCCAGAUGAACUCGGUGCCUGUGGACAUUCCAGAACAUCAAGCUAUGCAAGCCAGCAAUCAAAAGUGUCAGGUAGUUAUAGUACAUGUCACUCCAGGUCAUCUAGUUUUUCUGACCUCUGCCACAAGAGAAAUGCUUCAGUGGGAAGCACAUCAACGGGUAUCGAAAGCAUCCUAGAGCCGUGUGAUGACACUGAACAGAAAGUAGUUGAUCUUCAUCUUGAUACGCCCAUUAAACCAGAUAGUGAUGAAUCAUCAGAAAAACUCAACAGGCACCCUGUGAAGCAAGAUUCUGUGGAAUCUCAACUAAAACGCGUUGAUGCUACCAGAGUGGAUGCAGAUGAUGUUGUUGAAAAAAUUUUGCAAAGUCAAGACUUCAGCCUAGACUCCAGUGCAGAAGAAGAAGGACUGAGGCUAUUUGUGGGUCCUGGGGGGAGUACAUCUUUUGGCAGUCAUCACCUUCCAAAUAGAGUGGGAUCCGGCGCAUAUGAGCAAGUCGUGAUAAAACGCUAAAGUGGAGCUUUCCUGUGGAUCUCAGAAGCUGAUAAUUGGGCUUUCGGGUCCCUUUUCUCAAACCCUUGUGAGAAAGUGCACAGAAGAAGAUCAAACAGUUUCUUCUGUAAAAAAGGAAAAUGAACAUUGGUUUGUCUUGUUCAUCUCAAAGUGCCUCUUGUUCCAUGACAGGACAUGGUGGUACAAGGCACCAUCACACAGUGAGGGCCAUGUGUGGGCAUAAGUUGCAAAUGUACAUAUUAGUGAAAUAUUUGCUUUCUACUUAGAAAAUAUCCUGUCUUGGAAAGGAAAAAAAAUGCUAUAUAUCUUAAGUGUCAUUUCUAUAUUCACAAUCAGUGAUGAUUACUAUGUUUGGAAUUUGGCUUUAAGGAGAAAGCCCUUUUUUUAACUGAUAGACUGUUAGAAUCCAAAUUUAUAAAUUCUUCCUAUAUUAAUAGAGUUUUUUUUUCCAAGGAACUCUUCCUAUUAUACUACCUAAAAUAUCACUACCAAAUUGACAUCCCUUUUCCAGGCAUUACUUAAUUUAAAAUAUGGAUCUAUACUUUUAGGGAAAAUGCUUCUCUGUGAUCUAAAUAUACAAACCAUUUAUUGCUUCUAAAUUUGUCAAACAUAAAUACACCUGCAGUGCCCAGAAACAGGUACAUAAAAGUUAAGAUGAGUGAGUGGGAUUAGCACCAUCAAACAGGAUUCUCAUACAUGGUAUUGCUAAUAGAUAUGGAAAAGUUACAGGAACUACCACUCUGGAAGUGUUUCCAGGUAAGCUUUAAGUUUAACAUCCAAUAUAUUAGGUCACCAGAAGUCACCUUGUCCCAGCUAGGUGAUUACUUAACUCACAGAAUGAUGGAGUUUACUGUUUUUAGGUGCAAAAUCUCAGAUGACUGAAAGUACAAUUGUCAUCUCAGUGGAGCCAGGGUGGCCUUUGGCACAAAAGCCCUGUGUGAGCCUGGAAAAUGAAUCCACUAUGACAUGGGAUAGAGCAGAGCAGACAAGUUGCUGCUUGGCAUUGACGAUGUGGAUUUGUUUCUUCUCUCAGCCCUCUAUGGUCAGGUACUAAGUUUCUUCCUUAACCAUGCCCAAAGGUGCCUUGAGAAAAGGAGGAUAAGCAAAACCACAUCAAAGAAUAUAGAGACUAUGUAGCCUACUUCCACUUAUUUAUGGGAUUUAAGUCAUUUUUUAUGGGGGAGAGGGAAGGGGAGAGGUUGAUACUGCAGUACACACAUGAAAGAACUUCACCUUUUUCAUUCUGGAUCAUUUAAUCACUGUAACAAAAUAUUCUUGAUUAAUGCCCAGCCCCUUAACUCAGAUCUGACAUGCUGUGUCCAAGAAAGGCAUUGCAUUGUCUGAAAAUAGAAUUUUUUGGCAAAAAUAUUUUCAUUUAGACUAAAUUAGGGAGCAGUUACAGUAUUUAUUUAAAAAUGAGAACAAUUUUUGAUAUUCAAGUUUUAUUUUUAACCUAGUGUUCAAAGGUUAGGAGCAAAUAUAAGAGCUUAACUGUUUUUUUCUGGCAUUCCAUUGUUCAUACAUGCUUUCUACAGUUGCUUAAUGAUACUUUGGCCCAAUGCUAUUUUUAAGUAUAGGGCCUGGGCUGGGGG